UUAAAUAUUGUACAAAUGUUGUUUCCUAUUUUAUGGUACGAUGUGGGUUGUUUGCUUGGUAUAUAAAUAGAGUAUGUUUGAAAUACAAUGAUUCAUAACUCAGAGGCUGUGACUUGCGUUCUUCACUCAACUGGCUGGGACAGACAGCGAAGCGGGACCAAUCAGGGCACUAGGUCGUUCAUACGUGUUUUCCGUGUCUACUGUAAUCGAUCGAUAUAAACGCUGUCUAGCAUAACCUGCAGUCCCACACGCGUUACAACAAUUGGCGACGGGGUAGAGAGAAUUUUGAACCCUGUAAUUGGACGAGAUUCAGUAUAAUUGUUCUGACCAAUCAGUAUCCAGAUUUUUCGUCGGCGUCCUUGGGAGUCAUUGGUUGUUAGUUGAUUACAGUAUUUCUCAUUACUCUGCUGAUUCAGAAAAUGACUAUCCCCUCCGAUCAAUUGCAGAUACUACUAGAUCGUUUCAAAGAGAGCCAGUUGAAAGUUUUGGACUAUAUGCGCACGCGACUGCUAAAUCUCCCGUGUUUCGGAGAUGUGAAAGAGGUUGACGAAUUAAUUUCUCACCUGCAUACUGAACUCGAGAAUGACUGCAGGACAUAUGAAGAUGAAAACAAAAGCCUCUAUGAAUCCCUUAUGAUCAGUAAUGCAAACGUGGCAGUCGCGCAUGAUCCGUCCAGAGAUCCAGAAUUGUCCAAUUCAGAAACAUGCCCUGUUGUGGGUUCAAAUCCCACUGUGCCUGAAACAUGUGAGGUAUCCAGCUUACAAGAAGAACCUCUCGUGCCAGAAAAUGUUUCCCGUGCAUCAAAUGAUGGUCAGAAAUCUAAUAUGAAUUUCAAAGAUGCUGUUUGUUUUAGUGACCUAUUAUCCAGUGAUCGCAUUUUGAAGAGGUCUGAAGAAUAUGUUGCACAAAAAUCAAACCUUAAUGACGUCAUGUCUGGUGUCGCUAAUCCUUAUCAUCUAGUCAGUUUUAGUGAACCCUCUACUCAAUGCGCGAAAUAUGCUUUAAAUAGAAUCAGACUGAUUGUUGCUUGGGUAUAUGAGGACCCAACGUUAUUUCGCGGGGGAGGACGGACGCAGAAAAUUUUAAAGUCCAGAUAUUAACUCCGGAUCUUUCAAAAAAGGGGAGGUGUUAGGAUAGUCGGAAAAAUAUACCAAUAAUUAUCGUGUUAAGUCUAUGGUGUCCUUGGACCUUAAAUGUACAUUUCUUAUUGGUCGAUGUUUAUUUCACUUGUUAAAUAUUGUACAAAUGUUGUUUCCUAUUUUAUGGUACGAUGUGGGUUGUUUGCUUGGUAUAUAAAUAGAGUAUGUUUGAAAUACAAUGAUUCAUAACUCAGAGGCUGUGACUUGCGUUCUUCACUCAACUGGCUGGGACAGACAGCGGAGCGGGACCA